AUGGCAGCAAAAAUUAACUUAAAAGGAGAUAAUGAGGAACAGGCAGCCCGUCUGGCAGCCGUGAAGGAGGCCAGCUCACUGCUGGCUUCUGGUGCCCCUUUAGAGCCCCCGGAAGGACACUCCUACUACGCGCUCCACCUUGCCAUUGCAACCAAUUGCACUCCUUUGUUGCCUCUGCUACUAGCUGCUGGAGCGCCAAUGACAUCAUCUGCUAAUCUAGCUGUGAUCCACAAGAUUCUGAUGGAAAUGUCGCUCCUGGAACCCCACCUGCAGUUUUCGGCAGAAACUUUAGUAAAGUCCUUGGAAAGAGAGAAACCUUGGGAUGCAAGGAUCAUUUCGGAAAACUCUUCAAUGACACUAGAUAACCAUCUGUUCCGAGCCUGUGCCAGUGGAGCAACCACAUUUGCCUGGUGGGUCUGGCACAGCGGCGGUAGUGCUGUGUCCCAGAAUAAGGACAAAAGAACACCACUACAUGCAGCCCUUGACUCGGGGCACCUUGACACAGCUAUCAGCCUCGUCCUCCACAUGGGGGCGAACCUCUUCCUACCGGAUAAUAAGGGGCGGAUCCCCAUCGACCUCAUACCAAAUGAUGACAUAAGACGGCAAGUUUUUAAGGAAGACACGGAUUCUCACUGUGAUACACUUUGUUGGAAGACAGUCUUCGGGUGCCUUAAUGCUGAAUUAUCUGAAAGUGAUGACUGGAUGGUGAAACUGGUUUAUGUCAUCGGAAACCAGGAUACGAAAGAUUGUGAAGGUGGAGGAUCAGUAAGGAGAUUCAGUGAUGUUACUUGCAACGACCUUUUGGAGCAGAUUUCUGAAAGGCGGGCCAAAUAUUCUGUAUCUGAUAUACAACUGGAUAAUACAGAAAAGGAUAUAGACAUGAACACAUUUAGUAAAUUCUUAGAGAAAGCAACGAUUCUUAGUUGUGAAAAGGAGUUCCCACUAUUUCUCCAUCUCUUGCUGCAUGUGGGAGGCCAGAAGAUCAAUCAAGAACUUGAAGUGUGUCGGGCAUCGCCCUUGCAUUACGCCGCUCGGAAGAACAACGCUUCUGCAGCCAGGUACCUCGUCAGUCACGGAGCUUCGGUUGAGGCGAAGGAUCGUUUCGGCAACACACCUGCACACUAUGCCUGCAUGUAUGGCCACAGGGAUCUCGGGGACUUUUUAAGCACAAAUCAAGUAAACAGAUGUGGGUUGACAGCUAUGGAUCUAUUGGAUGGCUACAAGAACUACCUGAAGCUAUAUGAAUUUGACUCAGAGUCUCUAGUAGACAUAGACAUGCAAAAAACCGAACACUGGCCCUCAAAGAAUAGAAGUUCAUUUGAAUGA